UGUGAAAGGCACUUUCAAACCUUAUCCUUGUCCCCUAUCAAACCAAAACCCUCGACUCAACAGUGGAAGCUUUACUCCAAUAGUUACAUUAUUCCAAUUCACUUCACUUCUCAUCUCUUCAACUUCCACAAACUCAAUGGCUUCUACUACACCUUCUGUUUCCUCUUAUAUCCCCAACAGAAUCUACAACCUUUCAUUCACACACUCUUCCAUUUCUCUCACCACAAACUUCCCUCAAAGACCCAUUUCCCAUAAACCCCUCAAUCUCAUCCUCAAGUCUCAAAGUUUCACUCUUUCCCCUCUCACACUUCAACCUCCAUUCGCUGCAGCAGAUGGAUUUGAAACUACUCAAGACACCACAGUUUCCCAACUAGAGGAACAAAAGCCAGAAACUGAAACUGAAAAAGAACAGGAAACCUCUGAUGAACAACAGAAAGAGGAAGAACAGAAAGUGUCAGCCUCAGACGAUGCUGGAAGGCUCUAUGUUGGAAAUUUGCCGUUUUCAAUUACUUCUUCUCAGUUGUCUGAGAUCUUUGCAGAAGCUGGCACUGUUGUCUCUGUUGAGAUGGUGUAUCAGCGACUUACAGCCAGGAGCAGAGGAUUUGCAUUUGUUACAAUGAAGAGUGUUGAAGAAGCUGAAGCAGCAAUUCAAAUGUUUGAUGGCUCUCAAAUUGGUGGUAGGAGUGCUAAGGUGAACUUUCCAGAAGUGCCUAGAGGAGGUGAAACGUUAGUAAUGGAAAAAAAAAAUAGAAACAGCAACAGAGGCUUUGUAGACAGUCCUCACAAGAUAUAUGCUGGAAACCUUGGGUGGGCACUGAACUCUCAGGAUCUUAGAGAUGCCUUUGCUGAACAGCCAGGAUUAUUGGGUGCUAGAAUCAACUAUGAGAAGGGCACUGGAAGAUCUCGAGGUUUCGGAUUUGUUACUUUUGAAACUGCUGAGGAUUUACAGGCUGCUAUGAAUGCUAUGAACGGCGUGGAGGUUCAAGGUCGGCCGUUGCGAUUGAAUUUAGCUACAGAGAGGAAAUCUUAUUCUCGUCCUCCAGUAAUUGAGAAAAGUACAGAGACGAAAUCUUCACCUCCUCCUCCGGUAGUUGAGGAAAGUACAGAGACGGAAUCUUCACCUCCUCCUCCAGUAAUUGAGGAAAGUACAGAGACGGAAUCUUCACCUCCUCCUCCAGUAAAUGAGGAAAGUUCAGCUAGCAAUGUUGAUAAUUCGGAAUUGGUGUCUAGCGCAAGCGCUUGAGGAAAUAUGUUUGAUCAAAGUUUUGCCUGCUGUAUCAUCUGUCAAACUGACUCAUACACUAGAUUUUGGAUAGUUGUGAGAUGUAUACAUAUAAGGGGUUAAUGUCAAUUAUAUGGUUUGUAAUUGGGAAGAAAAAACUUCCAGAUUUUGAUGGGCUAAGAUUUAUUCAAAUGAGGAUUUAUUUAUUGUUAAA